GAUUUUAUCGGAUGUUCGUCUGUAUCUAUUGAAGGGUCUAAGGACUCUAUCGGAUGUUUGACUAUGUCUCUGGAACGAGAAGCAAGCAUAUUAAUUAUGAAAAAGAAAAGUAGAUUAAAACAUGCAAAUACAUCUCCUUAUUUGAUCUAUCAAAAUUUGAAAGAACAAUUUGUAGACAACUAUAAUAUACAAAGAACCAAUUAUGAAGAGGAAACAGUAAAGACGGUUGAGAAUGAAAUUACUUACAUAGAUUCACAACUUAUCGAUUAUAUUAACAAAUUAAAUUUGAAAGUCAAAUUUGAAAAUGUUGUCAAACUGUUGAAAGUUGAUGGUGAACUGUGGAAAGAAUACCUUA